AUGCCGCGGUUGGUUCGGCGGCAGCCGCUCUUUGAGCGCAUCAUGUCUGCCUUGAACCCGAUGGACUUCCUGCUAUGGCUGUCGGAGGAGCUCGAAACAAGGGAUUGGGAUUCGACUUCGGCAGGGACACAACUUGGCCUGGGACUCAACUUCAUAUUCCUGAUUGCGCGCGCAAAUUCCUCUUCUUCCUCCUCCAACGACGACGUCUUCAGCGACGACAACGGUUCCGGUUGGCUUUCGUUCUUUGUGUAUCCUCUCGUCUGGACCCUCAUCAUGUUUUCGAGUUCGAAUGCCUACUACACCAUUACCCGAACCCGCAAAUACCGACUUUUCGAGGCCAAUGUGGAGGUCGAGCCUUCGACCCCAUCCGCACGACGUGUGAAGGUGGAUCAGUCCAAUUCAUCCCCCUCGACGCCCCUCCGAUACCUCGCCAAAAUCAUCGCUCCCGACACCCCGGAGUCUCGUGCCCACCCUGACAAGGCAUCUGAUGUGUGGGAACUGUCGGUCUGGGAUCCGCUCCCGGUUUCCUUGCGGCUGUUCUGCCUCUUCGGCCCUGGCCAUGUUUUGGUGUACAUGCUAUUCUUGCCCCUCGCUCCUCUGGACCCUCGCCCGAGCAUGACUGUUUUCAACACUCUCGUUCUCCAGGCCAUCAUCUCUGGUCAACUUCUCUUCUUCUGCUCUCGAUUCACCCAACAAGCUAAGGAUACGGCAAUCAUCCAGAAGGAGGUACUGCGCGAGUACGACUCCAAAUUUGUUCGCCCCCAUCUGCAUCCGGUCGUUAGAGAUGUCGGCACUCAGUUCUGCGAAAACCAACCUCGCGAACUCCGAGAGUUUGUUCAGACUGGCACUCCAACAACUCAGAUCAGCCGUGGCUUCCACGCUCAUGUCAACCCAUACACGCAACCUGCCAAACUCUCUGACGAGCGAGCUUCUACCCCGACCAACGUCCUGAAGCCACAGAUGUUUACCCCCCCAACAGCGUCUCGUCGAUCUGAAUUGUUCAAGCCAGCUGUCAGCCAGCGGGCAUCUGUACCUCGGCAUAGUUUGCCGGCUGGCUAUGUUUCCGCUGGAACCUCUAAUACUGGAACCUCGUCGGGUGUGCCCAACAUGCAUUUUGGUGGCAGCAUGGGAAUCCACACCCACAACAGGUCGCCCCUGAAGAAGGCUACGAGCUUGAAUGAACUCACCUCUCAAGAAACCCAGUCCCCGCGGAACUCGCGAGAAAUGGCUGCUUUUGAGCAACGAAACCGAGGACAACAGGGGACACCCUCAAGGAACGUGGAUGGCAGGAGGUUAAACGGGUCGAGCCUUGGUGGCACCAGUAAUCCAUUUGCUGGGCUGGGUAGAAACCAGACGCCUCAGGGGAGACCCUCGCCCAGGUGGUAG